AUGUGUGAUGCCUGUGGGAAAAGUUUUGGAUCUAAAGAAUACCUUAAACACCACUUAAACAUCCACACUGGCUCUAAGCCUUUUAAGUGUGACACUUGUGAAAGAAGCUUUGCUCAGAGGAACUCCCUCAGCCAGCAUUUAAAAAUACAUACAGGUGAGCGUCCGUACAAAUGUACAGUAUGUGGUAAACAGUUCACUCAGAUCAAUGCGCUCCAGCGGCACCAACGGAUCCACACGGGAGAAAAACCUUUCAUGUGUGUGCUCUGUAAACGAGCUUUUACUGACCAGUCCACCUUUCGCAGGCACACUUUGGUUCAUGAUGUAGAAGCUCCAUGGAAGACCUACCUGGUGAUGGUGGAGGGAAAUAUUGAGGAAAAGAAGCCAAGGUCUUCCACUGAGGAAAAUGCAGAACCAGGAAAGAAAAUUAGUGAAAGUCCAAGUAGUGCUAGCACUGCUCCUGCUGUUUCUGCUCCUGCUGUUUCUACUCCUGCUACCAGUUCUGCUCAUGGUGCUGGUACUACCCAAACUGAAACAACUGUGGUUCCAACUGAGUCGGUCACUCUCCCAUCCGACUGGACCAGUCAUGGAGCCAUUGCUCUGGUCAGCCAUGGUGCUCUUGGUGAUAUCACCGUCAUCCACACAGAAGUUCCAGCAGGGACGCAGUUCCAGCCCAUAAUAGGCACUAACAACACAGGAAUGAGCGUCAUUUCCUUAGACGGUUCAGCCAUCCCUGUGCCCUUCUCUUUACCAGUAUCAGUGACUCAGCCUGUCUCUCUGUCCUCUGAAGCAUGUUCCACGUCUCUGUCUCUACCCACUCUCUCAGUUCCUGUCUCUGAUACUUUGUUAACAUCAGUCUCGGGCAUCUCCACUUCAUCUGUGCUCGAAGCAGCUGUAUCUCAGGCUCAUUUGGCUUCAGAUUUAGAAAACAAAUCUAACUCUGCAACUGAUCCUUUACUACCAGAUAUACAGACUGUGGUUGUUGAUAACAAGACUACAGGAAAAGAACUGGAUGUUGAUAAAAGUGAUGGACAGCAUCAGACAGCAGACGACCCCUUACAUGAACAAAAAACAGCACAGCUCAAGUAACAGAUUGAUGUAUUCCUAACUUGUUUUUAUUAAUGCAAUAAAAAGACAAGUAUAAUUGUCUAAUUAGUGUGAGGCAACACGCAGCAAAUCUUAUUUUAUAAUGUAACACAGUUUUCUGUCAAUUGCAACAUCAUGUUCAAGUCUAGUUACAGAUUUCUUAUGGCAUAAAAAUGAAGCAUUUUUUGAGCCAGAUGUCAAUACUUUCAUGGCCAGCUUACUUAUUUAGAGCAGCUUCUUGUAUGUGUAGCCCUGCUACCAGAUUCUGUUUAUUGAUGCUAAAAAAAAUAUUCAUGAGCUGUCAGAUAUUUAAGAUUCACAUCUGUCCAUUUGGUUUCUCUGAUGUAACGCUCUCUAAAGAAUGUACAAAAUUCAUUUUACUGUAAUGUUAUGGCAUGCACACAACUGAAAAAUACAUAAUUUUCUUGUAUGCGAAUAUGUUUUGGAAAAUAUUUUCUGUGCUUGCCCCUUUCAUUUAAGGUCAACUAUUAGGAGGAAAAUGGUCAUGUCAGCAUACUGUACUUCAAAGUACGCUAUCCUUACAAUCAGAAUUUUGCCUCGUUAGAUACCAUUUAUUUGGCUGUUCUUGCCUCCUCUGACUUGUAUUCCAGCAUUUUUAUUUCUUUAACUUUUUGGUCAUGUCUUUGUUUUGUCUGAAAAGAAG